GCUCUACAGCCAGCAAUCAGUUGGGCGCUGGAAACGAACGCGUGCAGUGUGGACUCUCAAAUUGGACAAAAACCGAGCUAAAAAUCGAAACACAAAUAAGCACCGGGUAGAAGACUAGAAGAAAAUAAAAAAUAUUGAAACGUUAGAAACGUCUGUUUUUGGUUAGAACCCACCUCCCCCCCUCCCAAACUUUUAUGCCAUUCGCUUGUCAAUAAAAAAAAAGUGCGUGAAAGCGUAGGAAGCGAGAAAGGAAAGACAUCAUAUUGAAUUUAUGGUGUAGGUGCAGCGACGUGGUUCUCGAGGAUAUUUUUUGGGGCCAUACCCAGAUAUACACCCGUCGUCAAGGGUGUGACUCGGCCCAGUUUUGGUUGCCUCACCUUUGAACUCUCGUCCUUGUUCCUCGCCUUGUGCGUCCUUUUAUUGUUGUCUUACCUUUGGAACAAUUACCCUUAUCGAAAUUGCUUUUGCCACCCGUUACGAGUGAACAAUUCCGGUCCGGUUCGGUUCUGUUCGGAGUAUUGCGCGUUGAUAAUUGAAUUUUUGUGGCGGCUGCUUUGCGGGAAUAUCCUAAUUGGAAAUUUGUUAUACGAAGUUCGAUGAACUGAAUGAUAAAAAUGAAAAUGUCCCCAGACAAUCAAGUGAAACUACCCAAAUAGUUGUGAAAUAAGGUCACCAAAAAACAUGGAUAACAUUACAGAGUCAGCAGCUGAGAUGCUGGCCAACAUAAGCCUGAAUGCCAGCCGAAACGAUGAGAACUUGACCUCGUUCUUCACGGACGAGGAGUGGCUGGCCAUCAGCGGCACUCUGCCCUGGAUAGUGGGCUUCUUCUUUGGAGCAAUUGCCAUCACGGGAUUCUUCGGCAACCUGCUGGUCAUCCUUGUGGUGGUUUUCAAUAAGAACAUGCGAUCUACAACCAACCUGAUGAUUGUCAACCUGGCUGCUGCUGAUCUGAUGUUCGUGAUCCUGUGCAUUCCGUUCACGGCCACCGACUACAUGGUCUACUACUGGCCAUUCGGCAGAUUCUGGUGCCGCAGUGUGCAGUAUCUGAUUGUGGUGACGGCCUUCGCCUCCAUCUACACCCUGGUGCUGAUGUCCAUCGAUCGCUUCCUGGCCGUCGUUCAUCCCAUUCGGUCGCGGAUGAUGCGCACGGAGAACAUCACCCUGAUUGCCAUCGUAACGCUGUGGAUCGUGGUGCUGGUCGUUUCCGUGCCAGUUGCCUUCACCCACGACGUGGUGGUGGAGUCCGAUGCCAAGAAGAACAUCACAUACGGCAUGUGCAUGUUCAUAACGAACGAUAUUAUGGACUCGAGGACCUACCACGUGACCUUCUUCAUCAGCUCCUACAUGCUGCCCCUGAUGAUCAUCAGCGGGCUCUACAUGCGCAUGAUCAUGCGGCUGUGGCGCCAGGGAACCGGAGUCCGGAUGUCCAAGGAGUCGCAGCGGGGUCGCAAGCGGGUUACCCGACUGGUCAUCGUCGUGGUCAUCGCCUUCGCCUCACUUUGGCUGCCCGUUCAGCUUAUCCUCCUGUUCAAGGCACUGGGUGUCGUCGAGAUGAACAGCCUCACUAAACUCGUCAUCCAGGUCACCGCACAGACACUGGCCUACAGCAGUUCCUGCAUCAACCCGCUGCUCUACGCCUUCCUCUCCGAGAAUUUCCGGAAGGCCUUCUACAAGGCCAUUAACUGCUCGUCUCGAUAUCAGAACUACACAUCUGAUUUGCCGCCGCCGCGCAAGACAUCCUGUGCCAGGACCUCCACCACAGGACUCUAAGUGUAAUUUCCUAAAGGAGGAGGCCUAACAAGUGAAUCUCCGACGGGCAGACGUGGAUGGAUGCAUAUGUCCUUUACAGGGAAUCAAAAUACAAGAGGACCAAAUGACCAAAGGACUGCAAAGUGAUGCUCUUCAAAUGGCUCGAUUUAAAUAUAGGAACUUUACUUUGUAAAUACAAAUUAUCUCUUUUUACAAUUAUAGUCUAGCAAUAAGUGAGUGUCUAAAUAGUUAUUUAUAAUAUUAGUGCAGCAAGCUUCUUUGCCACUUCGAAAGU